GCCGGAGCCGCGCGGCCCGCGGCUCUCUUCUGUGUCUCGCCGUCUCCAGCGUCUCUGCGUCUGCCUGUCUCUCUGCCUGUCCCCCCGACCGCUCCUCCGAGAUGACGCCGGGCUCGGUGCCCCGGGCCUGCCCUCUCCGCUGGCUCCAGAGCUAGCUGGGGCCAGGGACUGCCCCAGACAGACGGACCCGCGGACCCACAGACCCCGCGCCCGGGAGAGGAGCCGCGCCGCCUGCCGCUUGCAGCCCGUCACCAUGGACCCUCCAUCCCUGGACACAGCCAUCCAGCAUGCCCUGGCUGGCCUCUAUCCUCCUUUUGAGGCCACAGCACCCACCGUCCUGGGUCAGGUGUUUCGUCUCCUGGACUCCGACUUCCAGGGGGAUGGGCUGAGCUUCCUUCUGGAUUUCCUGAUUCCUGCCAAGCGCCUGUGUGAGCAAGUGCGAGAAGCGGCCUGUGCCCCCUACUCACACUGCCUCUUCUUACACGAGGGCUGGCCGCUCUGUCUGAGGGAUGAAGUGGUGGUCCACUUGGCACCCCUCAACCCUCUCUUAUUGCGCCAGGGUGACUUCUACCUCCAAGUGGAGCCCCAGGAGGAGCAGUCCGUCUGCAUCAUGAUCAAAUGCCUCUCCCUAGACCUCCGCACGGUGGACAAGAAGCCUGUUCCUGAGCCAGCCUACCCUAUACUUUUCACCCAAGAAUGGCUGGAGGCCAUCAACAGCGACUUUGAGGGAAAUCCUCUACAAAACUGCUUGGUAGCAUCAGAAAAUGGGAUUACACCUGUGCCUUGGACCAAGAUAACCAGCCCAGAGUUUGUGGAUGACAGACCCCAAGUAGUGAAUACCCUCUGCCCAGCCUGGGGGUCCCUUCCAUUUGAGGCACUGGAUGUGAGCAGCCCUCAUGAGUUGCACCAGGCCAGCUCCCCAGACAACCAGGUGCUUCUUGCCCAGAGUUUGGCCAAGGGUGAGGGCAGGAUAUAUGGGAGCAAGUAUCCAGGACUCAUCAAGGUGGAGCAAGCCAGGCCUGGGGAGGUGGCCUUCAGGAUGGAUGAGGUGGUCACCCAGAACUUAGAGGGAGACUACGUGGCUCUCCUAGGCUUUUCCCAAGAGAGCAGAGGAGAGUCUCCCAGUAGGGAGGUGGGCACAUCCAGUGGGUGUGCUUCUGAGGCACUAGAGGAGAUAUCUGGAACUAAGGAAACUUCUUUAUCUCAAAAGAUACUGCCUGUCUCAGAGGCCAAUGAAGGACCUUCCUUGGGAAAACGGGCUUGCACAAAGCCAGAAAACUCAGAGGAGGAGCCCUGCAUUUUGGGCUUGAAGAGAAAGGUCAAUCACAAAGUACCCACCCACGACUCAGAAGGGCUGCCCCAAGGGUCCUACGUGAAUGUCCUUGAGGACCCACUGGACUUUGCUUCUGGCCUUGGGGCAGGUGUCUCACAAGAGCCAGAUGCCUCCAAGAUACAGGGACCUCCAGGAAACCCAGAGAGCAUGGUGCAGCUCAGGCCCGGACCAAGACAGGCUUCUUCUCCCCGCUUGUCCCCAGCUUCUCCUGCAGCUCCAGCCUCUGAAACAAAGAUGGAGGUGAAGACCAAACAGAGAAAUGAGAGACUUCCAAAGCCCAUGCCCUGUCCUAGCAGAGACACUUCCUCCCCUGAAUCCCCCAUGCCUGGGCUCAAAUUCUCCUUCUUGAAAGGGCAGAGGCAACCCUCUGUGACCCCAGAGAAAGCCUCACUCCAGCAUGAUGGGCCCUGGAAAGUUCUGUGUUCCCUCUACUCCCCUAAACCCAACAGAGCCAAAUCUUUGGGGAAAGCCGGAACAACUCAGACCAAAACAUCUGGCCCAGCCACUGCCUCCCACCCACCGACGGAGGAAAAGGCUGCUUUCCCAGAAGCUCCUGCAGGCUCCCCAGAAAGAGGCCCCACCCUGGAGGAGGAGCCCCCAGGGCCUGAGCCCAGGAUUGGGGCUCUGGGUGUCAAGGUUUUCCGCUCCAGGAUAGCAUGCCUGCCAGGUGGCCGGGACAGGGCCGGGCGGCCCCUGCUUCUGGUGUCAACUACAGAGGGAGACUGGGAGGCGCCAUGGUGCACAGCUUCAGAGGUCACCAAGCUACUCUCCUACCUGUGCGCCAUCCCCAGGCCUGAAGAUAAAGCCAAGGGGCUGGUGGUCCUGAUUGAUGCCAGGAAACAGCCCCCACAGCCUGGUCUGGUCAGUGCCCUGCAGGCCACUCAGGCUCAGGUCCCAGCCUCCAUCCGAGCUGUUCUCUUCCUGGGGGAGAAGGAGGUGGCUCUCCAGCUGCAGACAUUGCUUGACAUCCAGGUGGAGGUGCUGACCUCAUUAAAGGCCCUCAGCCACCACGUGGACCCCAGCCAGCUGCCCGAAGCCCUGGGAGGCCCUUUCCCCUAUUGCCACAGCGAGUGGGUGCAGUUCUUCCAGAAGCUGGACCCUUUCCUUGCCGAGCUCCACCAGGCCUCUUCCCUGCUACAAGCUUCCAUAGAGGAAUUCGAGAAGGCUGACCCCCCUGGGGGGAUGCAGGAGGCCACCAGGUGCCUGAGCAAGUCCAAGGAGCUGAUGGAGGCUGUGCUGAGGGACCCGGGCCUACUGGGCCUCCAGCGGGAAGGUGGAGCCACCCUGGCCAGGCUGCAGCGUGAUGCCAGCAGGCUGGACUUCAGCCCUGAUGUCAGGAGCCGUCUGGCUGCAGCCACUGCCCUAUACAGCCUUGUGGACGAGCAGCUUCACGUUCUGGUCACCGCAUCCAACAGCCUCCUGGGGAAGCUGGAGCUCCGCAUCCGCCUGGGCCACCUGGAAGCCACCAUUCACCAGGUCAGCGACUGGAUGGAGCAGGAAGGAGGCAGGUGCCUGCAAACGCUGACCCCCAAGGAUGGAAGUUUGAAGACAGUGGAGAAAGCCCACGCAGAGUUUGAGAACUUCUUCCUCCAGGCUGCAGCCCAGUACCGCCGAGGCCUGGAGCUGUCAAAGCAGGCGGCUCAGCUGGGAGCCACAGCUGGAGGAGCCGGGGAGGCAGGAGGAGCAGAGCUCCCAGAGCUGGCAGCCUUUGCCUCCACCCAGCGGGCCUUCCAGGCUAAGCUGACCCACUUCUAUAUGGCGGCUGAGCGGCAACGCACGGACCUCGAGACGCUGCUCUACCUGCACCGCUUCUACAAGAGGAUGACCUGGUUCCACAUGGACUGUCAGGACCUCAUGACCCAGCUCAGGCUGGACAAGGACUCAAGGGUCAGUCCCGGGGACCAGCGCCGCCUCCACCGCUACCUGCAGCGACUGGCAUCUGAGUUCCCUGCUGAGAAGCUGGCGACGGUGGGGUUGCAGGUGGCUUCCCUGAGCCAGGUGGGCCUGGGCCAGGAGCUGUGGGAAGAGGCCCAGCUAAGGCAUGAGGAGAUCCGGAUGCUCCUGGAGAAGGCACUGACCCACUGCUCAUGCCCAGAGCCUCCCACUGCUCACUCAGCGCGCCCAGAACGAAGAGGGGCAGCAGCCAAGGGCCAGGGUCUGAGUGGAGAGGUCACUUCCAAGGCGAGGUGGGACCUUCCCCCAUUAGACUCACUGGGCAUGGACCAUUUGCCAAAGUCCCAUUGGCCUCCUGGGGCCCCCAGAGGGGAACAGAACAGAACUUUCCAGGCAGGUACUCCACCCCAGGAAGCUGGCCAAGCUGCAGAGGCUGAAGAUGGCAAAGGCACACGUGAGCUCCCUGACCCUGCCCGCGAGCCUUUGCUUGCCACCACCUUCUGGCAGCAGUCCCCCGGGCAGAGCCAGCUCCCUCACCCCACUGAGGGCAGCUUCUCCUCAGAAGGGACAGACUCACAGACAUCCCUUGAGGACUGACCCCAGACAAGUCCCCCUGCCUCCCUCUAGCUGAGACCCUCCCCUUCAGUGGCACCAGCCUCCAGGGGCACUGGGAUGGGGCCCAGCCAGAGGGGUAGCCGGGAGCUCUGGUUAGUCCCAUUGAGACGCUGCCGUGGAGCUCCAGUUUUACCCUAUUCUGCCUCUGCUGGGAGGAUGAGAACUGUUGACCUGCCCCUGGCUCCAGAAAACCCCCAGAAGACCCGAUCCUCGCCCAUGCAGAAUAGCAAGAGUGGGCAUCAGAACUGGGGUGCAAUAACGUGUGUGAUUGGCUCCA